AUGGUAUGUGCUGGUGUUUGCUCUUAUGAGGGAAGAGGAGGCUUGUGUUCAGUUCGACUCAGUGAACCGCUCCUGAAGCUCAGACCGCGCAAAGAUCUUGUACAGACUCUUCUUCAUGAGAUGAUCCAUGCUCUUCUCUUUGUGACUCAAAACAACAGAGAUCGAGAUGGCCAUGGUCCAGAGUUCUGCAAACACAUGAACAGAAUCAACCAAGCAAGCGGCACUAACAUCACUAUAUAUCACUCCUUCCACGAUGAGGUGGACGUGUACAGGCAGCACUGGUGGCGCUGUAACGGACCCUGUCAGAAUCACAGGCCAUUCUUUGGAUACGUAAAGCGUGCGAUGAACAGGCCUCCCUCGGCAAGAGACCCCUGGUGGUCUGAGCACCAAAGGACCUGCGGUGGAACAUACACCAAAAUCAAAGAGCCAGAGAAUUAUGGGAAAACAGGCAAAAGUGAUAAAAAGAAAGACAAGAAUCCUUCCGAUAAGACCUCCAAGAAUACGAAGCCUCCAAGCAGCACAACAGGCUCUGGCUCACAAGACAUCAGAAAUGUCAUUCCAUUCAGUGGGAGAGGGUUUAUUCUUGGAGGGAACACACAGACUAACACGGACAAGCUGAGUCAGAGUCCUCCUAAAGCUCAACCCAAACCUCUCGCCUCUCCUCCUGACUCACCGCUUCUUCCAAGACUACAGCCCAUCGAGGCAAGCUUGUUCAAAAGAGUCAGCUCAGGUGUAUCGAAUGUUCCCCGCAGAAAGUCUGUUAGUAACACUAAUGCCUUCAUCAACGUCAAUGGCUCACCUGUGAGAAUUGCCAAAGUCAAUGACUUAAGAGGCAAGCAGAGGUCGGUACGAGAUCUCUUCCAGCCCAUAGUCCUCAAAUCUCCAGAGAGAGCAGCCAGUGCGGCUGGUUCCUCCAAGCCUGCCACUGAUGCCUCAACAGCAAACCCUGCUAAAUGCAAUGGACCAUCUUCGUCUUGUGCCUUAGACGGGCAAACUAGCCUGAUCAAUAACCAUCAUUCAUACAGUGCCACAGUGCCAAAGCCUACCUCAAUAGAGUCGCAUCUCUCCAAAUAUUUUGGAAGCAGUGCUCAAAGUUCGAAAUUCCAAGAUUUGGGAAGCCCCCAAAAGUCUGCAACUGGCACACCGGGUUACUUUUCUAAGCUUUUAGGAAGUAACCAAAAACUAGGAUCAGAUGCUACGAGCUCAGGAUUCCGAAACACUGGCAGUCCCCAAAGUUCACGUACUUCAACAACUACUUCAGCGUCCAGUUCGAAGCACUUUGGAGACUCCGAAAAGCCUGAAUCCAACUUUCCAAGCCCUAGAAGCUUUGGCAGCCCCCGGACGUCAGGGACGAUGCCUUCAGGAGCCAAGAAGAGAUCGUGGGAAGAGCAUAAAUCUGAUCAUAUCUUUGAUUACUUCCAGCGGACAAAUGACAAGUCCGCCACGUCCACAGUGCAGCAGAGAGAGGAGGUGGAAGACACGGUUCUGCCUGCAGUCAGGGAUCAGCAAGCAAACGAUCCUCCGAUCCAGAUCACCGUCCACUGCCCCGUGUGCCACAUCAAAGUUCCUGAAUUCACAAUUAAUGAGCAUCUGGAUUCCUGUCUGUCAUAGUCACUGAAAGGAAGUACAGGCCAUAGGGCUUUAGUAAAGCUAGGAGAGGUGUUUACUAUGAUAUUCAUAUCUCCGGUAUAGCUUCGAAUAGAAAGAUAAAAAAAAUGUUUUAUGUCAUAGUGGUGAGAUAUUUUAAUUCCAAUGCAAUAGCUAUAAGCAAUAGUUAAAAUAAAUGUAUAAGUCAUUGGUAGCACAAUACCCUAAAAAGUGUGCCCCAUUUCCUUUUGUACUUUUGUGCAGUUAUUGACUUACUCUACCUCGGUUUUGUAACAAGAGCAUUUGCAUCAUGGGAAGACUGUUGGGCGCGAUUGACAGCUUAGAUGAAACUGAGUGAGUGGUUUAAAGAGGCGUCACUCACUGUCCUUGAUGUCCGCGGUUCAUGUCGAAUCAGCAGUACUGAAUUUCGCAUGCGUUUGGCUGUCCACUGUGGGAUUUAGAUGCGCUUCGCUUUCUGCCGGAUCAGGUUUUGCAAGGUUGCUUACAUCUCGGUGUCAUCAAUAACAGCUCUGUCAGGUUGGCCAUGAUUGGGGGGUGGAGCUUGUGCCACCUUCUGCAUAAUAAUUUCACAUCUACUUUGUGCCCUAGAGGAAUGCGCACGUUCAAAAACUAACCCCACCCAGAAGUGAAUAUUGGGUGUGCAGGUUAAAACCUCCUGAUGUGAUGAUAUAUAGUUAAGUCACGAGUAUUGUUGUGUUCGAUCCAGCGACCCACCUUAGAAGGAAACAAUGCCUGAUGACGAGUUCACGCUGCUCAGGUUACCUGUAGAACACGCAGAUGUUGCUUUUGGCAUGGUUCACUUAUAGACCCGUGAGUGUAACAUUGAUUUACCUUCGUAAAAAGAGGCAGGACGCAUUGAUUUGUUUAGUGUUUGAGGUGCUGCAGGCGUCUGUGAUGUCAUUCGUAAUGUAUGCAUGCCGU